AUGGCGAUCGAGAGCUUGAUCAGGUGGCGCCAUGGCCGCCGUGCCGUUUCCCCGUCGGCGCCGUUCGCCCUCCUCUGCGCGGCUGUGCUGCUCAACGCUCACGUGGUGCUGUGCGGCUGCUACAAGCGCAUCUUUAGCUUCGGUGACUCCAUCAUCGACACCGGCAACUUCGUGUACAGUACAGGCAGCAGCCCUUCCCCGUUCAAGGAGCUCCCCUUUGGCAUGACCUACUUCAACCACCCCACCGGCCGGAUCUGCGACGGCCGCGUCCUCGUCGACUUCUACGCGCAAGCGUUCAACCUGUCGCUGCUACCACCGAGCAUGCCGGAGGAGGGAUCGGGGCAGUUCCCGAACGGCGCCAACUUCGCCGUGCUGGCGUCGACGGCGCUGGGGCCGGACUACUUCAAGACCAAGUACAACUUCAGCGUGCCGGUGCCGUACUGCCUCGACAGCCAGCUCGCCUCGUUCAAGAAAAUUCUCGACCGGAUAGCUCCUGGAGUCGAUGCCACCAAGAGCCUGCUAGGCGAGUCGCUGAUCGUGAUGGGCGAGAUCGGCGGCAACGACUACAACUUCUGGUUCUUCGCGCGCAUGCCCCGCGACACGCCGAACCAGUACAUCCCCGACGUCGUCGGCCACAUCGGCGCCGCCGUGCAGGAGGUGAUCAACCUCGGGGCGAAGACGGUGCUGAUCCCGGGGAACUUCCCGUUCGGGUGCGCGCCGGCGUACCUGUCGGGCUUCAAGAGUGACAACCCCUCCGACUACGACGCCACCGGAUGCCUCGCUUGGUUCAACGACUUCUCCAGGCAGCACAACCAGGCGCUGGUGCAGGAGGUCGGCCGGCUCAGGUCACAGAACCCCGGCGUGACGCUCAUCUACGCCGACUACUACGGCGCCGCCAUGCAGUACUUCCAGGACCCCAAGAACUACGGUAUCCCUGAUCCUCUACUGGCGUGCUGCGGCGGCGACGGCCCGUACCACACCGGCAUGACGUGCAACAAGACGGCCAAACUCUGGGGAUCCCCGGCGAACUUCGCCAACUGGGACGGCGUACACAUGACGGAGAAGGCCUACAGCAUCAUCGCCAAUGGGGUGUUGAGCAAGCGUUACAUCAACGGCCCGUUGAUCAACUCAUGCUAGAGGAUUUAGCUGAAAUUUCGUGUUGCUUAAUUCUGAUACUGAGAUUCUUGUGAAGUCCUACGCAUAUUU